UAGUUCAAGGAAAAGAUUUACGAUUACAUUAAACAACCGUCCUUUAGCAUGACGAUUUGGAAAGUGUGCCGAUUAUGCUUAAAGGAAGAUGAGAAUAGUCUCACAGAACAUACCGCUGCCAAUAGCCUCAUCGAAACAAUAUUUACACUCACUUCACUACAGGUACUGGAGUUCCCGAUUGAAUCCGUUUAUCUAUGUGAAGAAUGUGAGAAGCUGCUAGUGAAAUUCCAUCUAUUCCGUGAGUCCUGCUUGGCAAAUGAUAUCAUAUUCCACCAAACGGUACAAGCAGAAACGUUGCAACGGAAAGACAUCGUCUGCAGUAGCCAUGUGGAACUAAUGAAAAUAGAAAUCCUCUCAGAAAACGACAUGGAACAUGCGGUGUUUCUCGAAGAGGAUCAAGUUAGCUUAAUGGAAGAGGAAAAUAAUUCGAUCAAACCGAGGAAGAUUUCCAAACCUAAAUCGAGUGCAGUGAAGAAGAUUUCUGUGCAAAAGAUCAAACAGAAAACAAGAGGAAACAAUCGUAGGACCACUAAAGCCGAUACUAGCAAGAAACCGACGAAGGAUGAAGUUAAUCUCACAGCUAAGGCAACGAAGAGGAAACCUGUACAACAGCGUAAAAAGAAAACAAUAGCAAACAACCGCAGGACAACCCGAUCCGAUGCUAGCAAAAACGCGAUCAAAAAAAAGAGAGAGCGGAUACCAUGCACCAAAGACCGGUACCUGCCGUGUACAGAAUGUGGCAAAUUGAUCGUACGUCGGAAUAUCCUGAGACACUUGGCGACACACAAUCCCGAUGAAGUGCCUGUAAUGAAUUGUUCGUACUGUGGCAAGCUCUACAGAAAUCCGGUGCUUUUGAAGGUGCACAUCAACACACACCACACAUUUGAAAAGAAAUAUGAAUGUACGGAGUGUAAUAAAGUGUAUCUUUGCUCCACUUCACUGCGAGUGCAUACGCGUUCGAAGCAUUCCGUACAAAUGCGGUAUGAAUGCAAAGAAUGUGGUCUGAAAUUUUCCACGUACAGCCAAAUGCGCUACCAUCACAAGGCGAAGCAUACCGAAGAAAGGCCUCAUGCUUGCCAGUUUUGUGAAAAGGCUUUUAAAUUCAGAAGCGAUUUAACACUGCACACUCGGACGCACACUGGUGAAAAACCUUUCGCUUGUGAUAUUUGCGGAAAGAAAUUCAACAAAAGCUACAACGUUGUAAUUCACAAAAAAUCACAUGCAAAUCAAGCGCUGAAAAACAGGAAAGUGAAUACAGAACAUGAUUCUGUUGAGGGCAAAGAGCAAAUAAAAACGUAAACAACAGCACGUAAACUCAAUCCGAAUGAUGUAAACGUUUCGCUAGAAUCUGUCACGGGGGGGAGGUAAACAAAUGUGCGCCAAACGGGCUGCUCUUGUU